CACUAGGCCACCGACGCCCCAACCUCACGAUUACGAGCCCGGUAACCUAACCACUAGGCAACAGACGCCACGAUGAAAAUUUGUCUCAGGAACCUUCUAAGAUGGCGAUGGUCUUCUUCGAACGAGUUUCUUUUCUUCAUCAUCGCAAUCGCAACUCUCUCUUUGUCUUUGAUGGCUCUAGGGAUAAUGACAAUCCCGAAUAUUGACCAUCAGAUGACUUUUGGAUCUACGAAUCCUUUCCUUUCCAAGAAUGAUCAUACUUCUGUGGAGGGCGACCGAAGCGAUUCGCGAGCAGAAAGUCUUAAGGUGGCUUCACACUCGCCGUGUCGUGAGAGGUCGGCACCUAGGAGUGGAGAAGACAGACGCGAUUUCCAGCCUCUACCAGCGCCACAUGGGAAGCUGCCAGCCUACGUGUAUUCAGCAUACCUCGACCACCAGACAGGACAAGGUGCUGUCGUCCGGGUGCUGGCCAUAAGUCCCAGGCCGGUCACCCGCUAUAUGUGUCAGGUCUGGUGCCGAGAUGACUUGGGGAGGACCACGAUGGUCACUGUCCAGUCAACUAACAGAAUCAUUGUCGGGGGUCAUGACCUAAGCCACCAGUAUUCGUCAGUUUACAUCAUGUGUCAACUCAAACCAUCAGACGGGUCACCUGUCGCGGUAUCCCUGGCGAGGACGGAGUGUGAGGUGGCCAACAACUCACUGCUCGUGCACGGACGUGUAGGGGUCAUGACCCCUGUCCGCUACACCUUCACCGUGUGCGUGAAGCCUUUCGCCUACGCCUACGACAACGUCCAUCAGCUGGUGGAGUUCCUGGAGCUCAGUCGUCUCCUGGGAGCGAAACGAUUUGUCUUCUACAACUACAGCGCAAGUCGCCGGGUGGUGAACAUAAUUCACCACUACGCCAAGCAAGGUCUGGCUGAACUGUUACCCUGGAGGCUGCCGGUUCGAACCCGGACGUGGCCUCCCACGAGUGGCUCACAGCUCCACGCCUUCGGCCAGCUGCUCUCCUCCAACGAUUGUUUGUUCCGCUAUCGGCACUUGUCACGAUUCCAAGUUUUUGUAGAUCUCGACGAGUUCAUCGUACCUCUAAGACCUUCCCAUCAGACCUGGCAUCAUAUUGUUGAAGAGAGACAGAAAGCGACGGGAAAAUAUACGUCGGUGUUUCUGAUUUCGAAUCUAUUUAUUAGAAAGGACUGGACAAAGCCAGGAGACUCAUCUAUAAAAUCAAGUAAGAGUUUAUCAGAUUUCGAUGUUUCUUUAGGAGAGCGAUACCAUUCAGAAGUUCUUCGGCAUACAGUGCGAGAGCAAGAGCCGCUAGGACCGAGAUUCAGGUCAAAGUUCAUCGUGGACCCACGUCACGUGUCAAUGGUGGACAUCCACCAGGCUAGAGAUGACACAGGAGACCUGGACAUCGUGCCCGCCGAUGUCGCUCUUCUCUUCCACUACAGAGACUGGGAGGCUCCCAACAGCCUGGAGCCUCGUGCCUCAGAGAAACGGCUCGUGGACAAGUAUGGGAAACGUUUGGUCACCAGGCUCGACAAGGUUUGGCGAGAGCUUGGCUCAAUAAAAUCCUUUAGUUUAGUUUAGUUUUAGUGGAGCUUAUACGGCGCUCGCAACUGCAUAAAGUCAUAUUAUGAGC